GAGGAUUUUGUAUCAAAGUAUUUUUAGUAUAAGUAUCCUCUUGAAGUUGUAAAAUAUUAAAAAAGAAAUCAAUCUUUAUCUUUUUUUUUUUCGGUUUUACUACUAUAGGGUGACAUGAAUUCAAAGUUUGUUUAUCUUGAAAUUUUAACCUUCUUCCUCAGUAUACUGCAAAUACAAGUUCGUGCCGAUGGACUGAAUAAAAAUGUAACACUUAUUCCGGGAGGAGAAGAGGGAUUAAGAGCUCAUUUCAAGAAGAGAUGUGUAAAUGAAGAUGCCACAAUUAUUACAAGCUCUGACGGUGCUAUUAGCUUGAUUUGUAACAUUCAGCCUCGAGCUUCACAGCAUAAAUUCUACACAGACUUGUAUGUGCAAACAGAUGAAGGUACUUUUCAAGUUAAUGUUAGUGAUGAUGGGUUUUCUGUUGGCGGAAAGAUCAAUAGUCUUAGAUAUGGCGGAUGUGUAGAAUCAUCAUGGGGUACGCAUAGAUGCAUGAUUUAUCCUACACAAACAAGCAUUCAGAAAGUUAUCAAUUUGGCAAAAAGAUGUGAUCCAAAUGGUGAAUUUUGCUUUGAUAUAUAUUCAGAUGUAUGCAUAUUCGAUUUUGCAAAUAAAUCUUGGGAAAGAGCAUGUCCAAAUCUUAAGGUCAUUAGCUUUAAUGUAAACCCAUAAAUCAUAUUUUUAAAUAAAAUAUAUAUAUAUAUAUAUAUAAAGAGAGGACGGAUAGAUAGAGGAUUCACAACUAAAAACUUCACGUGCGAAGGAGGACUUGUCCU